UCAAGAGCUUUUUAGUGAAAUGAUGAAGAAAAUGUCACUGAAAUUAGUUUUGUUCUGUUUGUGUUUAUGGCGUCUGGAUGGAGGGUUUGUUGCUCAAGGACUGAGGCUAAUUUCAGGAAAUGAAGGAGACUCAGUCACUCUAUUCUCUAAUCUUGCUGAAAUGAAGGACAAUGAUGUGAUUCAGUGGAUGUUUAGGUCUGGAAAAGAACACAUUUUAAUAGCUGAAAUCAAUGUAAGAGCCGACAGCAUUACUGUUUAUGAUGAUGUUCUUGAUGGGAGAUUCAGAAACAGACUGAAGCUGGACAAUCAAACUGGAUCUCUGACCAUCACAAACAUCACAACUGAACAUGCUGGACAGUAUGAACUACUGACCAACAAUGUGAGAAAUAGAUUCAGUCUCACUGUCUAUGAUGAAAUAUUAAUGAAGGAGGGAGAUUCAGUCACUAUAAACUCUGAUCUUACUGAAAUAAUGGACGACGAGAUUCGGUGGAGGUUUAGAAGUGAAAACACUUUACUAGCUGAAAUCAAUAAACAGACCAACAGCAUGACUGUAUAUGAUGAUGUUCUUGAUGGGAGAUUCAGAGACAGACUGAAGCUGGAUGAUCAAACUGGAUCUCUGACCAUCACAAACAUCACAACUCAACAUGCUGGAGCUUAUGAACUACAGAUCAAAAAUGAGAAAAAGAGGUUCCUUCUCGCUGUCUAUGAUGAAAUAUUAAUGAAGGAGGGAGAUUCAGUCACUCUGAACUCUGAUCUUACUGAAAUGAAGGAUGAUGAUCAGAUUCAGUGGAGGUUUGGAAAUGAAAACACUUUACUAGCUGAAAUCAAUAAACAGACCAACAGCAUGACUGUAUAUGAUGAUGUUCCUGAUGAGAGAUUCAGAGACAGACUGAAGCUGAACAAUCAAACUGGAUCUCUGACCAUCACAAACACAACAACUCAACAUACUGGUGCUUAUCAACUAGAUCUCAAUCAUGAGAAAAAGAGUUUCCUUCUCGCUGUCUAUGAUGAAAUAUUAAUGAAGGAGGGAGAUUCAAUCACUAUAAACUCUGGUCUUACUGAAAUAAUGGACGACGAGAUUCAGUGGAGGUUUAGAAGUGAAAACACUUUAAUAGCUGAAAUCAAUAAACGGGUCGGCAACAUGACUGUAUAUGAUGAUGUUCUUGAUGGGAGAUUCAGAAACAGACUGAAGCUGAACAAUCAAACUGGAUCUCUGACCAUCACAAACAUCACAACUGAACAUACUGGAGUUUAUCAACUAGAUCUCAGUAAUGAGAUAAAGAGUUUCCUUCUCGCUGUCUAUGAUGAAACAUCAGUGAAGGAGGGAGAUACACUCACUCUCAACUCUGGUCGUACUGAAAUAACAACGGAUGAAAAGUUUUUGUGGUUGUAUAUGAAUGAAAUUGCUUUAAUAGCUAGAACCAACCAAUGGGACGACAAUAUCACUGUGUACGAUGAUGUUCUUGAUGGGAGAUUCAGAGACAGACUGAAGCUGGACGAUCAAACUGGAUCUCUGACCAUCACAAACAUCACAACUCAACAUGCUGGACGUUAUUUACUCAUGAUAGAGAGAAGACCGAUAAUUCAGUUAUUAAAAGCUCUCAGUGUUUCUGUCUAUGGAGAGUAGAGAGCAGAUUCAAAAGAGCUGAACAAGAGCAAGCACAUAUUCACACAUCAGAAACAUAAAGGAUGAUGUUAUUUCUUUUAUUCUUUAUAUUUAUCCUCUGAUAUUGAUGUGGUUAAUUUUCAAAUGCUCAGAUAUGAUCAAGUAUGAAAUGCAAGUAUUUGUCAUGGUCAAUACUGAAGAUUACCAAAGAUGCUCGCAUUCAGUAAUUUUUCAUAUUUUAUUUCAAAUAUUCCUCUCUUGCAUUGUUAUUAUUGUACACAUUCAGAUUGAAGGCUUUGUCUAUAUAUCUGUCAGAUUAGACACAGAUCUCACUUUUCUGUCCAUUUGUCAUCUGUAUUUGCUUGCCUUUAUCAAUAAAGUGUUCUCGCUCUGA